CUUCAAUUUCCUUAUUAUAUUGGUGGUUUCAGCUUCAGCAAGACGUGCUCUUUCAACCCAGGAUCCUGCGCAACCAGAAUCAGCUCCCUUAUGCUGCAUGAUUGUUCCGAUUGUUCUCAGCCUGCGGGAGCAUGUCCGUCAGUGACCGUCGCGCCAGCCACAUGAGCGCACCACGACCCCGCGUUGCUUCGAAUCGCGUCGCUGAUCCAGAAAGAGCCGCCUUGCGCAGCGCUACUUCUCCAUUGCAAUCCGAGACUGUCGCUUAUCGUAUCGCUCAGUCCAGCCCCAAAUCGAGAAGCUCUCGCGAACAACAAAUGGCGACCGACAGGCGUGCCGAUCGAGUGGCAGGCAUCGCAAAGGAAAAAGCUCACGGUCGAACGAGACAUGCGAUGCAGGAACCUUCAGUUGGUCAUAUCAGAGGCGAGCGGCUUGAGCGCUCACGGUCGAAGCGAGUUGCUCAAGUAGAUGGUGCCAGCCCCAAUGCUCGAAAGAAGGAGAAGCAACCAAGCGACGCUCCCUGGAACCCGCAAGCAUCCUUGCUACCUCAUACCACCGCGCCCUUAGCCUCCCGUGUCUCUAUUCCUCCGCUGGCGUCUGCAUUGCCUCCAUCGCUCCAACCUCGACCUCUACGCGAGCUAUCUGCGUACGAGCAGGAAAAAUCAAUUCUGGAAGAUCUUCUAUUCACAUUUAUGGGAUUCGAGGGACAGUACAUCCAUUACCACAGCUCAUAUGAUCCGUCAAUGGAAAAAGACAGGUUGACAGGCCCAGUCUUUCAGCUACCGGCUGGUCUGGACCCAGCCCUGAAGGACCUUACUCUAUCGACGCUGAAGCUGUCGAAGCAUUAUAGCGCGUUGGAAGCGUUCGUCGAAGUGCAAAGUCGGGCAGAGUACGGCGCAGUGAGCCAUGCUAUGUGUGCUACGAUACGGAAAUUAUUAAAAGAGUUCUUGGUCCUCGUGGCGCAACUUGAGCGCGAGCUUAUGACCAAUCCGACCUUCACCUUACAUGUUCUUCAUUUGCAAACCAUGCCGACCAGCCAGUGCUUGGCUCAAUUGUAUUCGUUCGGUCAGGACCUACUACGGCGAAACGGGCUCUUAGACCAAGACCUCGACGAGACUAUCGAUGACUUUGAUGACGUCGACAACAUUCUAGAACAGUUGCGGGAAGGCGGAGAUCUUGUCCCAGGUGCUAUGUCCAGCAAAAAAAUCUGUAAGGGUGGAAACGUCCUGCGGCUUCUUACUGAGCGACUCGCAACAUUCUCCGGCGAUCCGACUACGAAGGCUCUAUUGGAGAGGUUACUGCGAGACGGUAGCCGGCCGUACAUGGCCAUGCUCAACGAAUGGCUGCAUCAUGGGGGAAUCAAGGAUCCACAUGGCGAAUUUCUGGUAAAAGAGCAGAAGUGGAUCAAGCGCGAAAAGCUCGAAGAAGACUACACGGAUGAGUACUGGGAGAAACGCUAUACAAUCCGCGACAACGAAGUGCCGCCACAGUUAGAGACAGUCAAGGAUAAAGUUCUCUUGGCCGGAAAGUACCUGAAUGUGGUACGGGAGUGCGGAGGUGUCGAUGUCAGCAAAGCAGUCAAGGAUGUACCCAAAACUCUGGAUGAUCCUCGCUUUCUGGAGAACGUCAACGCAGCCUACACAUACGCAAAUGCCUCUUUACUGAACCUGCUUCUGACCAAAAACUCCUUGACUACCCGCUUCCGAUCUCUGAAGCAUUACUUCUUCCUCGAUCGCUCUGACUUCUUUGCCUACUUCCUUGAGCUUUCAGAUUCAGAGCUGCGCAAGCCCGCCAAGGAAGUCAACGAGAGUAAGCUGCAGUCACUUCUCGACUUAGUCCUACGACAGCCCGGGAGCAUUGCCGCCCAGGACCCUUUUAAAGAAGACGUCAAGGUACGGAUGAAUAAGGUCGGCCUUACCAAGUGGCUGAUGCAGGUCGUGAGCGUCUCUGGAAUGAACAUGGAUGAUCCAGAGGCGGCGCUCGAAAAGAAUCAAGUCCCUCAGACGCAAGGUGGCGAUGAUUCGAAGAUAAAUGGUUUUGAUGCACUUGAGCUGGACUAUCUGGUUCCCUUUCCUCUGUCUCUCGUCAUCAGUCGGAAGACAGUUCUGCGCUAUCAACUUGUCUUCCGGCAUAUCCUAUCCCUGCGUCACGUUGAGACUAUGCUCGUCACAUCUUGGUUGGAACAAAGCAAGGUUCCCGCUUGGCGACACAAAUCCUCUGACCGCCGACUGGAGUUAUGGAAACGACGUGCGUGGAAUCUACGCUCAAAGAUGUUGGUGUUCGUUCAGCAGCUUCUAUACUUCUGCACGGCCGAGGUCGUUGAGCCAAAUUGGCAGAUUUUAAUGAAUCGAGUGAACGGAACGGACGCGGAUGGCUCGGAAGUUACCGUCAACGGGACCAAGCAGGUUAAUCGUACGGUGGAUGAACUCAUGCAGGACCAUGUGGAUUUCUUGGAUACGUGUCUCAAAGAGUGCAUGCUGACCCAGGCCAAGUUACUGAAGGUACACCAUCGGCUUAUGAUAGCCUGCAAUACGUUCGCUAGCUGGGCUGACGGCUCGCUCACUCGCAACCUUGCCUUGGCCGAUCCCGACUUGUCUAUGAGCCUAGGUAAUCGGGAAUAUGAUCCCACGCGGCUUGAGAAGAUCGACGAAUCACUCAAAAGAGUAGAGGACCAUUUCAGCCGUCACUUGCGGAUCCUGAUGGAUAGCUUGAACUAUUAUGCGGCUACGGAGAGCGUUGUUCUACUCAAACUGGCACACUCUUUGAGUGCAAUCAGCAAAGAAUACUGAACUUUGUCUCAGGAACCUCUUCUUACGAUAUUCGCAGUCCAGACAACUGCUCGCGAACCGGAAGCCCGGCUCAUCCACAGCUUUGUCCUCUAAAGUUGCAAACCGUCUCAACCAAGACACUUGCAGCUUAGCAUAACCCCACCCAAGCUCUUACAAGCAAAGCGAUCUAUUUCUACAGCUUGACUGCUCUCCUCACAGUAGCAAACUCCCAGGCACAAAGUCAGACGUGCCGAAGGGUACAGUCACCAACCAGUUUGACGGACCACAAUUUUGGUGAACACCACCGACCUGGCCUCGUUCUGCCUCACCUGAGCCUACAGCUCCUCCUGGUCUCCAUUUCUUCGUAUUUAGCGAUAACCUUUCCGUUCCAGACACCGGAAGAUGUCAUUGAGCAACCAACGACCUACGAUCAUUACACGAUGCUAAAUCCAUGAGCUUCAAACGAAUACCCCGAUUCACUUUCAUCCCUUAGAACACUG